ACGCUGGUCACUCAUCAUCAGCAGGGCCUGUUUGGAUUCAGACUCACCUCAAAAAAAAAAGUUUGGAUUCAGACAAUAAACCCACGGAGAGGGUUAGAAGACGGCGAAAUAUCCGCAACGAGCUCGUGGAAAUGGCGACGACGGUGGUGCCGCUCGCCGCGGCCAUGGCCGCCGCUCCAAGGUCUCGUCUCCUUGGCGCUCCAGACCCCUCCCCGUUCCUCGGGAUCCGCCCGCUCCUCUGCCGCUCUGCGCGCAGCGUCGCCUGCGCCCUUCGCCGACCUUCCAAGUACAAGAAUAAAAUUAAAAACGAGGUGGUGGUAGCAGAGGAUGACAUUGAUGGAGGUGACGAGGAUGACGAUGACGAGGGUGGGUUGGAAGCACUUUUCAAGCAGCUGGAAGAAGAUCUGAAGAACGACGAUCUAUCUGUCGAGGAUGAUGAUGAUGAUGAAAUAUCAGAGGAAGAUAUGGCCAGGUUUGAACAGGUAUUGGCAGAAGCCAUGGGAGAUAUCGAUGUCGCUGAUGAAUCUGCAGUGGAUUUGGUGCCAGGCUCUGAAGUUGUUGGUAAUGAUGAGGUAGCAGAUCCAAUCGAAAAGCCAGAGCUCAAAAGCUGGCAGCUCCGGAGAUUGGCUCUUGCACGGAACAUUGGUCGGCGUAAAACUAGUAUUAAGAAUCUUGCAGGGGAGCUUGGCCUGGAUAGGGGUUUGGUCAUUGAAUUGCUCCGCAAUCCGCCUCCAGAACUUCUACUUAUGUCUGAUUCUUUGCCUGAUGAAGCCCCUUCUAAACCUGAAACUAAAGAAAUAGAGCCCUCUCCAGUAGCUGAUGAGGUUGAAGUUGAUGAGAUUGAAGCCACUGAAACCGAGCCACAGAUGGACCUUCCGGUUCACGUCAUGAGCACAGAAUGGUCUGCGCAGAAAAGACUGAAAAAGGCGCAGCUGGAAACACUAGAAAAAGUUUACUUCAAAUCCAAACGGCCCACUAAUACUAUGAUCAGUAGCAUAGUUCAAGUUACGAGCCUUCCACGAAAGACAAUUAUUAAGUGGUUUGAGGAUAGAAGGGAGCAAGAUGGUGUACCAGACCGUCGUGCCGCAUACAUGAGAUCCCUAUCUGAGACGAUGGCUAGUUGAUAACUUCAGAUAAGCUUGUGUUAUAGUGUUCUCUUUUAAGUCUGAACUACAUAGAAAAUGUAAAUUCAAACUGUGAAAUGCAACCAGUUUCAUAAGGCCAA